UAAAAGUGACACCUGCCGUAACUUUCCUCGGCAAAAUCCUUCUGCUAUUAUUAAGUUAUUAUAAUAUACUGAUUAACAUAGGUACUUAUUUUAAAAGAAUCAUACAAAUGUACUAUCCUUCUCUUCUUGGAUUUGGGGUAAAUAGUUGUCAGGUGUGUUAUUAUCGUGUCAUGCACAUGGACUUUAAGGACACAGUGGUGAAACAUUUGCCUGACAAAAAUAUAAUGUGAACAUGUAUUUUGUUAUUCAUAUAAAUAUGUACACCUUUUUUUUUCUCCAAUAUGUCCAUAAGCACACGCACAGAGAUCUUCACUUCAUGUUCACGACAUACCCAGCAUCAACAGACCGUCUGGCCUCAUGCAUCAGCAACACUGAACAUCAUAAUAGGAGAUUUGCAUCCACUUGUUUUUUUUAACAUAGAUGAGUGUUAGAUUUGUGAAAUUCUCAAUGUCGAGUCAUGACAUCCCAGAAUACGAGCUGUUACCAGUGUUUUAACCACACAGUUUGUAAAAAUAAACUUCAGAGGUGGGUGCAUGGUUUGGAAAAACAGAGCUUGGAUCUAUCUAAUCUGUUUUAUUUCAAUCAUUUCCCAGUCUGGGAUCAUUCAAGUAAUUCUAUUCUAUUCUAUUUUUUGCAGCCAGAAAGACAAUCACAUCUGUGCAAAUCUACAUUUCUAGUCUUACCUACUGUAGCUUAGCUAGUUAGCCAAUGUUUGCACAUGGGUAGCUAGCUUAUGUUAGGGCUGUGCAGUUGCCUGAACCUUUUUUCAAAAUAUUAAAAUAUUUUCAGUCGUGCUCUGCUGCUAGCUGCUAAUGUUGCUUCGGCGCAAAAAGUCGAGGAGAGUUUUCACAUUUCACAAUCCUCCUGAUCUCACAUUUGCAGCUGUACUCCCUUUAACCGGCAAUCAGAUGUUCAAGUGUGCAAUCAGUGGACUUCUCCUCUAAAAAACAAAACAAAAAACACUAGACUUGGAUCCAGGAUCCAGUCUGACGGGAUGAGUCAGACUCUCCCUCAGGUCAUUUGGCAACAUCUGUUUUAACCGUUACGCUAACAUGGUGGAGUGAAACACACCCCACGUUCAUUCCUCUUGUACAUUCAGCUCCGCCGAGAGACGAGAUUCAGGAGGGGAAGCUGGAAUUUUAACACCUGGACCCGCUGCUGAACACAACCAGUAAGUUCUCAGAGCUGCUCAGACUGUAACGAGUUCACGCAGGAUCAGCGACGCGUCAGCUGACCGACACCUCGCCUCGACACCGUGCCUUGGGUGUUUCCUGCUUCACUGCAAGAGAAAAUGGCGUCCAAAUCAGAGGAAAAUCUCCGCUGCCCCGUCUGCCAGGACGUCUUUAAAGAUCCUGUUCUUCUGUCAUGCAGCCACAGCUUCUGCAAAGACUGUGUGCAGAGAUGGUGGAGAAGGAAACAAACGCUCCGAUGUCCUGUUUGUAAGAGGACUUCCUCGAGGAAACACCCGCCGCUAAACUUGGCGUUAAAGAACCUGUGCGAGGCCUUCCUACUGGAGAGAGAUCAGAGGUCCUCAGACGCUCUCUGCAGUCUGCACUCUGAGAACCUCAAGCUCUUCUGUGUGGACCACCAGGAGCCGGUGUGUCUCGUCUGCAGAGAUUCAGAGAAACACGCCGACCACAGAUUCAGACCCGUCGACGAAGCUGCGCGGGAACACAGAGAGGAGCUCCAGAAAUGCCUAAAACCUUUGCAGGACAAACUGAAGCUCCUCAAAGAAGCUAAAAGAAACUGCAACCGGACAUCGAAGCAAAUUAAGGCCCGGGCCCGGGACGCAAAGAGGCAGAUAAGGAAGGAGUUCAAGAGGCUUCACCGGGUUCUCGAAGAGGAAGAGGAGGUCAGGGUGGCUGCUCUGAGGAAGGAGGAGAAGCAAAAACGUGUGGCGAUGAAGCAGAAGGCGGAGGCUCUGCACGGAGGGAUCGCAGCUCUUUCAGGCACGAUCAGAGCAGCGGCGGAGGAGAUGAGAGCUGAAGACGUCGCGUUCCUGCAGAACUACAAAGCGGCGCUGGAAAGGGUCCAGCAGCGCCCCCUGAUGGAUGACCCAGAGCCGCUCACAGGGGCCCUGAUAGACCUGACCAUGCACCUGGGCAACCUGAGCUUCAAAAUCUGGAAGAAGAUGAAAGACGCGGUCCAUCACACUACGGUGAUCCUGGAUCCGAGCUCUGCUCACCCAGAGCUCGUCCUGUCUGAUGAUCUGACCAGCGUGAGAAGCAGAGGGCGACAGGAGCUCCCCGACGACCCAGAAAGGUUCCACAGCUCCUGCUUUGCGCUCGGCUCAGUGGGCUUUAAACCAGGGCAACACAGCUGGGUCGUCGAGGUCGGGGACAGUGCGCACUGGGUCCUGGGUGUGGCACCAGAGUCUCCUCAAAAGAAAGGAGACGUAGACUCCAACUACCACUUACUGGCAAUAGGCUUCUACAAUGGGACGUACAAAGCAAUCGCCCCGAACGAUCAAGUCUAUGUUCUUCCAGUGAAGAAGCAGCUCCAGAGGAUCAGAGUGCAGAUGGACUAUAGCUGUCUGUCAUUUUUUGAUCCAGACAAACUCAUACGCAUGGUCCCUCACACGUACAGGGAGAGGUUGUUCCCAUACAUCGCCACCAGAGAUAAACUCCCACUGACAAUUUUACCAGACACACCAGAUAUCAGAAUAUUUUUACCAAAUACUACCAGCAUGAGUGACGAUGACGAUGACAAUGACAAUGACGAUGACGAUGACGAUGACGAUCACGGCAGGUAUGAAAGUGAAAGUGAGACGAUUUAUGAGUUUAGGGGAAUGCAAACGGAUUACUUGAAAUGCAACUUUAAGUUUUAA